AACGAUGGAUUAAUGUGAACAAUAUACUGAUUUUUUUUUUCUUUUCUCAUCCUCGCUCGAAAGAAUACCAUCUCAUCUUCCAACAUACCACUGUCAGACAAUAACACCUCAUCAUAUCUUGGAUUACAACAACAAAUGCCAGUACCUUUUAUGAAUAACCCAUAUUUGCCGUUGUCUUAUUCUCCUGUUCCACAAAUAUUUAUGGCGUCCACACCUGUUGAAUCCCUUAGCAAUGGUGAUCACAUACCCGGAAAUAUGUCAAUGACGAAAAUGGGUUAUCCUGAUCCAGCAAUGACAAGCAAUUUGACUUCGAUGCCUGUACAAGCGACAGUUAUGGCUACAAACAAUCUUACUGACAAUCCACCAACUUCGAUACAACAAGAAACAGGAUCAAUAUCUUCACCAUCUACACCCAUGCAUCAGCCUAUCACCGAUUCUAAGUCCACCAAAGAAUCAUCAUCAAUGUCCAAUUCGACAAAUCAAUCUCCAGUACAAUCCGCAAUACCGACCAAAGUGAUAUAUCAUCCCAAAACAAGACAAGUAGAAACCCAUGGUGGUGUUGAUCUCAAAUAUUUUGACAAAUUCGAGAUUCGUCCAGCUAUUCCGUAUAUUGAAGAACUAGGCACUGUUGAUAUCACUGCAUUGACAAUGUCACUUAAAUCAGGCAUGAAAAUGGAAGUGACGACAGCAUUGAAUACAAUUACUACUUUAUCACUACUACCAAGAGUACUACUGCUGGUACACUGUGAAGAUCUGUUGGAUUGUCUACUUGAUCAUCUGGAAACAUGUUUGUUUGAAUCGAAUUUACGUGACUAUCUCAAGGAAAAUGAAAAUGAUUCGCCUGAUGUUACAAUUAAAUCAUCUAUGUAUACUUAUGCUGAUUUAUUUGAAGCAGCCUUGUUAGAAAUGAAAUCUUUGAUACCUGCUUUGGAACCAACUUGCUCGGAUGAAUGGAUACCAUUACGUGAUCGUUGUCUAUGUAUUUUCAAUCUUUUACGCAACCUCUCUUUUAUGGAAGAAAAUGCCGAAUAUCUCGCUACUCAUCCCCGAUUGACACACCUUUUGAUGCGAAUUAUUUUAUCAUCUGAAAAUCAUCAUACCUUAACCACGACUGGCAACUCAACGAACAACGAUACUGUAUCAUCACCAUCAUCACCAUCAGUAGCAGUAGAAAAUAUCAGCAAAAUACGAUCUAUGGAUCUUCUUGACUUUCGGAAAAGUAUCUUGGUGAUAUAUUCAAAUAUUGCACUUGCCAUGAAGAAGUUGACAAUUCAUCCUGAAGCAACUGUAUCUGUGGUUCAUCUUAUAUACGAAUUUUUAGUCAACGAUUCAGAGACGUAUUAUUCAUUACUGGCUAUGGAAACCUGGAACAAAUUUGCUGUCCAUGAGGAACACAGGCAACUACUGGGCUCUCUUUUACAAACAGAAAGCGACAACGGAAUUUGUAGCGAUCAUGACAACAAGGAUGAUGAUGAAAACAACAAAGAACAUGAAGCGAAUAAAAGCGAUGGCUGCGACAAUGACAAUAUGUUCAACGACGACAACAAGAACUACAGUAAAGGAAACAGAAACAACAAAAGCAGUGAUGAUAAGGACAUUGUACAUAUUCCCAUGUCGCAAUAUAUUCAAGGUAUUUGGAUUUCACUUAUCGGAAUGCUACGACGACACUUUUAUUUAAUUGAAAUGGGCAUGACCGUUACCUCAAAUAACACACAAUUAGCAAUAUUGGAAAUGAUAGUCAUGGGGCUCUACCACGUGGUGGCUAUAGCAGAUACAAAUUUUUGUGACAAGCUGAUACAAGCAGAUCGGGGGAUAGCUAUGACAAUUCUUCGUAUUUGUAUGACAUUGGCGGAAGCUGACAAUGUACAUUAUCGUGUUGUGGCUCAACGAGGUAUGGAAAUGGUAUAUGUGCUUAUCUUAGGUGGCGGCUGCAAAGUGACAGAACUUGUAAGACAAAAACGACAAUAUGGGAGAUUCCAACAACAACAACAACAACAGCAACAACAAAAACAUCAUAAUCACUAUCAACAGCAACAACAACAACAAUACCAAAAACAACAUUCAAUGUUUCCAAUCACCAAUGAUGACCUUGGAGAUGAAGAAUCAAGUUAUAAAAUAGGGGUGACACUAAGGGCAAGAAUAUUACUCAACCAUAAUGUACUACAAGAAAAAUUGAUGAUGGCCAUGCUAAAACCAAUUUCUGACAACUUUAUUCUCACUGGAUUGGAUGAUCUUUUGAAUUUGAUGGAUGAAAUGACCCUUUAUGAUUGAUUUGUUACUUAUAAAUAUUUACCUUGAAAUAAAAGUAUAUUUGGUUACCAUCUUCUUAUCUA